CCUAUUUCUCUUGAGCGAAAAACUACAAGGCUAUAGUGCAACGUGAUGUCCGGACACAGAGCAGGAGGAGGACCCUCGUACCUUCGCGACCUGAAUAUGUUACCGGAGGAGGAAAUUAAGGCGGAUGCCGAAUUUGACCCGAGUGAUUUGUCGCUCUAUACGAACACGGAAUUUUUCGAGUUUGAUAUUGGCGAGGGCGAUGGGGGACAGGAAGGGAGUGAGCGAUUCACAGUUCCUGAGGAGGCGCAGUUGAAGAACGGACAUUUGGGAUUUCUAAACGAUGAUGAUUUCGACUACAUGCCCUUUCCUACCCUCCCCACAUCCGAGAGUCAACCAUCCACCCAAACCACCGUUACCUCUUCACACCAAGCCUCGAACUUCAUGCCACCGACUGCCACACUUCGCGCCAUUCAGCCCUCUUCUGCCUCUUCGGACUCUGCUUCUCCUUCCCCCCUCUCCCCGCGAAGCGGUAAGCGGAAGGCUUCUAUAGCGGCCACCCCCCCCUCGACAGAUGGCCUCGAUGACCUUUCUCGUGUGGCAGCAGAGGAGGACAAGCGCCGACGAAACACCGCAGCUUCCGCUCGAUUUCGCGUUAAGAAGAAGCAGCGAGAGCAAGCCCUUGAGCGAACGGCGAAGGAAAUGACAGAUCGAGUUAAGCAACUUGAGGCCAAGAUCGCGCAACUGGAGAUGGAGAACCAGUGGUUGAAGAACCUUAUCGUGGAGAAGAACACUGCCACGGCGGCAUCAAACGAUUCCGACAAUUCGCGGGAGUCCUCGAAGGAUGGAGCCGGCACAAAGCUUAAGAAUAGCGAGUCCUAGUACGAGAUAUACCCAAGCUGCUCUAGGCCUUGAGGGAUUCACUUUUCUUUGUAAUGACGGCUUUGCUUUUUUUGGUCUGGACCGGGCAUUACGUGAUUUGGGAUUUUAUGACAUUUCGUUUUUUCCUAAUACUGUCUAAUGAUAUUUCCUUGAAUAUCAAGCAAUGGAUUCACGAAGGACGAAUGAAUCUUUUGGAGCAAGUUUCGAGUAAAUUUUGGUUUAAUUUGUUUUUUUCGUUGUUCAACACAUUAGCAACAUUAAAGUAGCAUUGGGCUGGGUCUAUGAUAAAACUUUGUGUGAAGCUCUACUAGGUGCUCAUGAAAAUUAGUUGGAGGGGGAGUCACCGAGACUCCAACUAUGAUGUCGUCAUUCUUUACCAAGGAUUGCGCCAUCGACGCCGACGCGGCUCAAAAGAUUACGUAAUCUGCGUUCUCUGGUCAACACUAAGCAGGAUCUGCUACUCGUAGAGCGUGGCUGAUGGUCCCCGCGAAGCUUGUUUGUGUCGGGUGCGGCAGAUCCGCAACCCAUUUCUGAACACCGAUAGUACUGUACGAGUACUCGCACUGGAGACUGAGAUUGGACGGUGCCUUCUGGUGGGCACUAGGACAGAAUUGGGCUUGAAAGCUCAGGGAAAUGAGCGAUUGGAAAGGUCAAACACCGCUAACCCUUCGCCUAACCCUUCGAAGCCCAGCUGCGCAGCGACUCUACGAGUAUGGUACCGGUAUCAUUCAUAGAGUGGGCGCAGGUUGGCUUGUGCUUUGUUGCUUGGUCGUCUGGGGUUACGGGAGCUGAGGGUGGUAUGAUACCGUAGGCUGGCAGGCAAAAUCGCCAGGGGCCAGUUUGACAAUAAUAGCUACUGUUCGGCGGACAAGAUUUCAAGGGAAGAUGCUCCGUUUGUUCCCCCUCCGAAGGGUUACCUGGCAGCUCCUGCUUGUCCAUGGAGAACACCGUAAAACAAUCCACGAUAAGGGUUAGAAUGCCCCUGGGAGCGCAAGUUAUCCGGAAAAUCAGUUACCCGGAAGGCCCUUGCUGUUCUGGCGUUGUUAAUAGGUAUUGUUCUCGAGGUUCGAGGAAGGGUAUGGGAACUUUACGGACGUGGUUAUAUCGGUCAGAUCAUCCUUCAAAUCAAACGUCA